UUGAACACCAGAACAUUUUGCCUAAUGGAGCACCGUGCUGCUGGAAGGAGACAACCUCAGGAAACGCAGCCUUUCUUUUCAACAGAAGAGAAAGGUCGUGCACUGCUGGUCCUCCUGUUGUCUGCAACAGUCUCUCUUCUGGGCGGGCUGAUAUUUGGAUACGAGCUGGGGAUCAUCUCUGGAGCACUGCUGCAGCUGCAGGCAGACUUCAGCCUUGGCUGCUUCAAGCAGGAGGCUCUUGUGAGCUCCCUCCUGGUUGGAGCCCUCCUUGCCUCUCUGGUCGGAGGAAUCCUCAUUGACCGCCAUGGACGGAGGAAGGCGAUUCUGGUCAGCAAUGUGGUCCUGUUGUUUGGCAGCCUAAUUCUCACACUGACCAGGUCGUUUAUUGGGCUGCUCAUUGGACGCAUGACGGUGGGCUUUGCCAUCUCUGUCUCAUCCAUGGCCUGCUGCAUCUAUGUCUCCGAAAUGGUGGCUGCACAUCAGCGAGGGCUGCUGGUGUCUCUGUAUGAAGCGGGCAUCACUGUAGGCAUCCUGUUGUCCUACGCACUGAAUUACGCCUUUGCAGAUACGCAGGAGGGAUGGAGGUACAUGUUUGGGCUGGCCAUGGCCCCAGCAGCCAUGCAGUUCCUCAGCAUCCUCUUUCUCCCAGUGAACCCUGUUAAACUAAACAUCUGGGACUCGGACUGCCAGAAGGGUCUCAUUCAAUUGCAGACUGCUGAGGACAGAGAGGCAGCAAAGCGGGAGCCCUGUAAGGAGAAGCACUACUCAUUUCUUGAUCUUUUCAGGACCAGAGACAACAUGAGUAGACGAACUCUGGUGGGGCUGGGCCUGGUGCUCUUCCAGCAGUUCACUGGGCAGCCCAACGUGCUGGGCUAUGCCUCCAAAAUCUUCCACUCUGUGGGAUUCCAGAGCAACUCCUCUGCCAUCCUGGCCUCUGUCGGGCUGGGGGCAAUCAAGGUGGUGGCCACACUGGUGGCGAUGGCCUUUGCGGACAAAGCUGGCCGCAGAGCACUGCUCCUGGCUGGCGGUGUGGUGAUGGCCAUCUCCGUCACCACCAUCGGCCUCACCAGCUGCAUCACCCCAUUGGCCAUGGCCAGGGACUGCACAGCCGCUGCAGACCCCAACGUGUCCCACAGCCUCCCCCAGCACCCCCUGGGACCCCCGCCCUCCCACAUCCCACCAGGCUUAGGAGAAGGCAACGGGCAGGCAGGCCUCGGUUCUGCUGCUACCAAAAGCCUUACAAAAGCUGUUGCCAGUGCUCAGAGCAGUGAGGUUGUUACUCGUUCUUCCCACACUCAGAAAAUGGGCUUGGCAGGGCAGUCCGACAAGGAGACAGUGGAGAGCACAGACCCUCCUUUCGGCAGCGCUCCCCUGACAGAACAUAUGGUUUUAAAUUGGAUUACGCUGCUGAGCAUGAUGGCUUUUGUGAGCGCUUUCUCAAUUGGAUUUGGACCAAUGACCUGGCUGGUCCUCAGUGAGAUCUAUCCAGCUAGAAUACGAGGAAGAGCCUUUGCCUUCUGCAACAGCUUUAACUGGGCAGCCAAUUUACUGAUCAGCCUCUCCUUCCUGGAUCUCAUUGAUGCCAUUGGUUUCUCAUGGAUGUUUCUUCUCUAUGGGCUGAUGGGAGUGAUGGCUGUCAUAUUCAUUUAUUUUUUUGUUCCGGAAACAAAAGGACAGUCCUUAGAGGAGAUAGACCAGCAGUUCUCCAGGAAAUGGCUGCGGGAAGGAAACAGCUGCAAGCAGCGGCGUGCAAGAGGAGCUAGCUGUGCACAUGGGCAGUACCAGAGAGUGGAGCGUGCCAACAGUGCCUGACAGUGGGACUGCAGUGUCGUCCUGCAGAGGGGAACUGACCUGGGGACAUUGCUUCUUGCAGAGAUGGCUCUCCCUGCAGUGCCUUAGAUCUUGGGACACGCUCACGGCCGUCCCUUGUAUCCUUGGAGAGUCUCUGGUCCCAUGCAGGGAGCGUGUCCUUCCUCUGGCAUCUUUUAUUGUCCACGCUUUGUGUCUGCUAUCAUUUAAGAGAUGAAUGGUUUUGUAUGCAGGAAUAAAACACAACUUUUGCUGACACCA